UGUCACAUUCCCCCCCAGUACCGGGAGUGGCUUUCCGGUUUUUUUUUUACCCGAAGAACCACUGCAUUUAUUAUGAUUAUUUUUUAAAAAGGGAGGUGGACGCAAAACAAAAAAAUAAUAACUAAGAAAAAGAAGGGAGACGAGCUUGGUUCGUGUGCCUCCCGAACCGGAACCGAGCUGUAUUCGGAUCUGUAAUCCUGACCCGGGACGGACCCGUGUCAGCUCCCGGCGAGAAAGUGGACUCGCUUUCGACCGAGUCGUUUGAAGAACUGACCCGAGCUGCGGCCGAACCGGACAUGUCCGAACCCAAGACGGCGAGCCCGACCCCGGGCGACAUGUACAAAGGCUGGCUGUUCAAAUGGACGAACUACAUCAAAGGGUACCAGCGACGGUGGUUCGUCUUGAGCAACGGGCUUCUGUCGUAUUACAGGACCCAGGCGGAAAUGGGGCACACGUGUCGCGGAACGAUAAACCUGGCCACGGCGAACAUCACAGUGGAGGACACCUGCAACUUCAUCAUCUCCAACGGAGGAACCCAGACCUACCACCUGAAAGCCAGCUCCGAGGUGGAGAGACAGCGCUGGAUCACAGCCCUGGAGCUGGCCAAGGCAAAGGCAGUCAAAAUGCAGGCUGAGUCAGACGAUUCCAGUGACGAGGCCCCCGUCUCCUCUCAGGGGGACAAGUCGGAGUUUCAGUCCAUUCUGCGCACGCUCACCUGCAAGGCGGAGGACUUGAGCACCUGCCACGACCUGAUCGGAAAGCAUGGAGCCGCACUGCAGCGCUCCCUGAGCGAGCUGGAGAGCCUCAAGCUGCCCCCGGAGAGCGGGGACAAGAUCCGGCAGGUCUACGAGAGAGCCACGCUCUUCCGGAUCACCUCCAACGCCAUGAUCAACGCGUGCCGGGACUUCCUGUCCCUGGCUCAGACUCACAGUAAGAAGUGGCAGAAAUCCCUCCAGUACGAGCGAGACCAGCGCAUCCGCCUGGAGGAGACGCUGGAGCAGCUCGCCAAGCAGCACAACAACCUGGAGAGGGCGUUCCGGGGAGCCACCGUGCUUCCUGCCAGCAGCCCCGGCAGCGCGGGCUCCUCCAAGGGGAGUGGUGGCGGGCAUGGGAAAGGAGAUUUGAGUGACGAUGAUGAGAAUGAGUUCUUUGACGCGAUAGAGGACGCUCCCGAAUUCAUCACGGUGCCGGCAGACCCCAAAUAUCACAAGCGCACUGGCAGUAACGUCAGCGGAAUCAGCAGUGAGAUGGGACUGGAAGACCAUAUUCGAGAGGAGCAGCAGCAGCAGCAGCAGCAGGCAGCCAAUCAAGAGUCGGCGUCGAAGGAACUCAUCCCACGGAAAAAACGCCGCAACAGGAUCCCGGACAAACCGAACUACAGCCUGAACCUGUGGAGCAUCAUGAAGAACUGCAUCGGGAAGGAGCUGUCUAAGAUCCCCAUGCCUGUGAAUUUCAACGAGCCCAUCUCCAUGCUGCAGCGUCUCACUGAAGACCUGGAGUACUCGGAGCUCUUGGACCGAGCAGCGAAGUGCGAGAGCUCCCUGGAGCAGCUGUGCUACGUGGCUGCGUUUACCGUCUCCUCCUACUCCACCACCGUCUUCCGCACAGGGAAACCCUUCAACCCCCUGCUGGGGGAGACCUUCGAGCUGGACCGCCUGGAGGAGAGCGGCUACCGGUCCCUGUGCGAGCAGGUGAGUCACCACCCCCCCGCGGCCGCCCACCACGCGGUGUCGAAGCGAGGCUGGACCCUGAGGCAGGAAAUAGCCAUCGCCAGCAAGUUCCGCGGGAAGUACCUGUCAAUCAUGCCUCUCGGUAGCAUACACUGUCUGUUUGCAAACAGUGGGAACCACUACACCUGGAAGAAAGUGAACACCACGGUACACAACAUCAUCGUGGGCAAGCUGUGGAUCGACCAGUCUGGUGAAAUUGACAUCAUCAAUCAUAAGACAGGAGACAAGUGCCACCUCAAAUUCGCUCCCUACAGCUACUUCUCGAGAGACGUAGCCAGGAAGGUGACGGGAGUUGUGACGGACUCCAGCGGGAAAGCCCACUUCAUCCUGUCCGGGACCUGGGAUGAGAAGAUGGAUUACUCCCGGGUCAUGCAGAGCACCAGGGGGGAGAACGGGGCGGAGGGGAGGCAGAAGACUGUCUACCAGACCCUGAGAGCCAAGGACCUGUGGAGGAGGAACCCACUGCCGGAGAACGCUGAGAACAUGUACUAUUUUUCCAACCUGGCACUGUCGCUCAACGAAGAGGAGGAGGGCGUGGCACCGACCGACAGCAGACUCCGCCCAGACCAGCGCAUGAUGGAGAACGGGCACUGGGACGAGGCGAACUCCGAGAAGCAGCGUCUGGAGGAGAAGCAGAGAGCCGUGAGGCGCAAGAGGGAGUCUGAGACUGUCAAACCAGAGGAAGAGGCUGACCCUAAGGAUUCUCCCACUGACUCUCCAAUAAAAAGCGCACACGUGGACACCUACAAGGCUCUGUGGUUCGAGAGGAAAGAGGACCCCGUCACGGGAGAGGUCACAAACGUCUACCGUGGUGGCUACUGGGAAGCCAAAGAAAAGCAGGACUGGUCAGCCUGCCCUGACGUUUUCAGUGCCUCGUAGAAUCAUCCGGAGAGAAGGAAGGAGGGAGGGAGGGAGGGAGAGAGAGAAGGAAGGAGGGGAGGCGGAGAGAGAGGGAGGGGGGUGCAGUGCUUCACGGAAUUAUCUGAAGGGGUGAGAGAGGUAGUUAUCACUGAAAAUAUCCAUUUUAUCGCUCCCCCUCAACCCAAUUUUACACUACAAAAUAAAAAGGCACAAAUUAUAAUAUAUAUAAUUUUUUUUAAUUUUUUACCAGCGAAACGCUGCUAAUGAGAUCUUGAUGGUGAACCAUGGCUUCUCAGCAAUACUGAUAUCGCCCCAGGAAUUUCAUUUAAUCACUACAGUGUUUUGACCUUCUUUUUUUAACAUUACAAAAAAUAUAUAUGUCAUUAAAAAUAAAUAAGAGUUCUAGCCAGCUGGACGGAGCACUGACCAUCUUUUAAAAUCCAUUCUCUCACCUCUUAUUAGCUUUAUUAACAUGAUCACCAGCCCCUCCCUUUAAAGGAGCGCUGACCAUCUUUAAAAUCCAUUCUCUCACCUCUUAUUAGCUUUAUUAACUUGAUCACCGGCCCCUCCCUUUAAAGGAGCGCUGACCAUCUUUAAAAUCCAUUCUCUCAUCUCUUAUUAGCUUUAUUAACAUGAUCACUGGCCCCUCCCUUUAAAGGAGUGCUGACCAUCUUUAAAAUCCAUUCUCUCACCUCUUAUUAGCUUUAUUAACAUGAUCACCGACCCCUCCCUUUAAACAUGUGAAGUCAUAAUGUCUCUUGCACCAAUAAGAGGCGAGAGAAAGGAUUUUAAAGAUGGUCAGCGCUCCUUUUAAAGGGGAGGGCCAGUGAUAUUUCUACUGGUGCUAAUAAAAACGGUCUCCUCAUUCAUGGAUUAGUUUCGGUAACAUAUCAUAGGUCCGUUUUAAUAGAACGCAUUGAUAUUGAAAUAAUUUGUCUUCCCUUUUUGGGGCUCGGCCUUGGCGGGGUUCAAAGGUCAGCCCGUGACCCGUUUCCUUUGCAGUGCGGAAGAGUUCGGUCUGGCAAUUAGGAUUCUACCAGCGCAGAGAACGCUGCGUUUUGAAAAUCAUUUGAAACGGUCAGAAAGGUUUCAAGUAAAAAAAAAUAAAAAGGAAACCCUUUCGAAGGAAACCCUAUUACAAGAAAUUCAACGCUGGCUGCAUUGUUGUUAGUAAACGGGACACUUUAAGAGUCUAUGAAGGAGGUGGUUUGAGAAUUUUUAGGUUCAGGGGUUAUUUUUUUUUAUUUAAGUCGUGUUCCCCCGUCAUAAAUACAAAAUUAAUAAAUAAAUACAAUAAUUUUUAAAAAGUGCUAUAUUUGAGUGCGAGGUUGAAAUGAGAAUUUGCUUCCAGACCGCCGUUGAGUGGCACUCGAUUGUAAAGGCGAGGGAAGGACCGCGCUGCUCCUAAGAAGCCAGAAAACAGACUCUGCAUUCUGCGAGUUUGUCAGAGAGCUGCGAGGAGUUCCUCCCUGUCCUGGUAGAGCACAGGAAAACAAACGCCGCGUGUUUUUCUUCAGUCGGGAACGGCGAACAGGCGGGAGAAGGGAAUAAUACUGUGUUUUAAAAUCAAGAGUCUUUAAAAAAAAAAAUAAUAAUAAUUAUUACAUUAGGAGAACUAUAAUAUGUAAUUAAAGAGUUUAGCAAAAUAUUUAGAGUUGUAUUUACAAAAAAAAAAAGAUUUUUAAAAAUAUAUAUUAUGCAGUCUUUUCUUUUUUUUGGGAAGGGAAAAACACACACAAAUAAAAUAAGAAAUUAUCAGACGAUAAUUCCUUUCACUACACCUAGGCUCUAUUGAGGAGACGUAUGUAAUAUAUUGUAGGACUCUUGUGUUGUUGAAGGAUAGAAGGGGUCUCGAUACCAGGAGGUUCAAAUCACCCGGCUCAGCCACUGACUCCCUGUGUGUGUGUGACCCUGAGCAAGUCACUGAACCUCCUUGUGCUCCGUCCUUCAGGAUGAGACGUCAAACAAACGAGCUCCUAUUGGAUGUGACUCUGCAGCAGCCACUGACUCCCCGUGUGUGUGUGACCCUGAGCAAGUCACUGAACCUCCUUGUGCUCCGUCCUUCAGGAUGAGACGUCAAACAAACGAGCUCCUAUUGGAAGUGACUCUGCAGCAGCCACUGACUCCCUGUGUGUGUGUGACCCUGAGCAAGUCACUGAACCUCCUUGUGCUCCGUCCUUCAGGAUGAGACGUCAAACAAACGAGCUCCUAUUGGAAGUGACUCUGCAGCAGCCACUGACUCCCUGUGUGUGUGUGACCCUGAGCAAGUCACUGAACCUCCUUGUGCUCCGUCCUUCAGGAUGAGACGUCAAACAAACGAGCUCCUAUUGGAAGUGACUCUGCAGCAGCCACUGACUCCCUGUGUGUGUGUGACCCUGAGCAAGUCACUGAACCUCCUUGUGCUCCGUCCUUCAGGAUGAGACGUCAAACAAACGAGCUCCUAUUGGAAGUGACUCUGCAGCAGCCACUGACUCCCUGUGUGUGUGUGACCCUGAGCGAGCUCAAAGAAAGACAGGCAAAGGCAGGUAUAAUUAUAUAUAUAUAUAUAUAUAAUGACAUCACAAAUAUCGGAGCUAAGGAACCAACGGGAAGGAUGACAAAGACCAUCAAAUGAAGUGAAAAAUACUAUCAAAUCUAACGUGUGUGUCUGUGCUUUACUUUUUAAGGUAAAAGGGUGAUGGAGGUGUGUCUGUCUCUCUCUCUUUACUGCUAAUUUAAUUAUAAUUUUAUGAAAUCUGAAGUUUCGAUUUGAAGAUUGACGAAUUACAUUUAACAAUUUUAUUUUUGUUUUGUGUUUUUUUUAAUUGUUUUUUGGGUUGUUUGUGUAGGUUGAUUAAAUUAUUAUUUUUUUUUCAGUUCUGUGCUAGGGUAAAAAAAAAAAAAAAAUUAAGAAAUUUCACUUCAAAUUUUUGGAGCGCCACAGACGUGUGUAACACAGGCUAGAUCGGGCGUCUUUUACGUCAGUCACAGCGCCAUCUAGUGCACAGCUAGUGUAUUAAAAAGUGAUGACAAGAUGGAGCUGGCAUUUACACUAUGACUGAACCAGCCUGUGUUGCACCUGUCUACGGCAGUGCAGCUAGAACUACAUCUCCCAGCAUCCCUCGCCAUUGUAGAGGCAUGCUGGGAGCUGUAGUCCUAAUUCAAAGUAAAGCAAUUAGAUUGAAAUCCAAUGCAAGCCUACUUUAAUUCUGAUUAGUUCAAAUAAUUAAAGGGGGAGAGAAUAGAAUCUGAAAUUAAAUAUUUUUUUUUCUUUUACUGUAUAGCACUUUGCUUAGUUAAGUUGACAUCAUUGUGGUGUUUUUUUUUUUUAUAUUUGAUUUUUGAAGUGUACUUACAAUACUUUUCAUAAAUAAAUAUAAAUAAAUACAAAACAGAGAAAGAAAUUCCUGAAAUGACGAUUGAAAAAUCAACGAUGGACGCAUUUCUUUUGGGUUAUUUUAUUAUUUAAAAAAAUAAAUAAAUGUCUGGGUUUUUUUUUGUUUUUUUUCUGUUUUGUGGGUUUAUUUUGGAGUUUUUUCAACUGUCUGCAGGUUUUGUACAGGAGUCUCGUGUCUCUCCUCCGAUUCCCCCUCCUUUCCUGUUUGUACGUUCCUGUGCACAGUUUGUUCUCAAACCCUAAUAAAACGCUGUGAUAUUAACGAGA